UCGCUACUCCUGCCUGCCUGCCUGCUCCUCACUCCCACUUUUCUUCUCCUCUCCCCCUUCUCGGGCGCCUCUCCUCACCAUCAUUCCUCCCACCACAGCUCCUCCUCUCCACCAUUCCAAUCCAAUGGCCUCUAACUUCCUCUUCUUUUUCCUCCUCCUCCUCCUCAUGUCCUCCGUCCCGUUCUUCGCCUUCUCCUCCGAGCCCCUCAACGCCGAAGUGGAGGCGCUGAUCGCCAUCAGGCAGGGGCUGGUCGACCCGCACGGCGUGCUGAGCAACUGGGACGAGGACUCCGUCGACCCCUGCAGCUGGGCCAUGAUCACCUGCUCCGCCCACAACCUCGUCAUCGGCCUGGGAGCGCCGAGCCAGGGCUUGUCGGGGACCCUGUCCGGCAGGAUCGCCAACCUGACCAACCUUGAACAAGUGUUGCUGCAGAACAACAACAUCACCGGGCGGCUGCCGCCGGAGCUGGGCGCGCUGCCGAGGCUGCAGACGCUGGACCUCUCCAACAACCGCUUCUCCGGCCGCGUGCCCGACACGCUCGGCCGCAUCUCCACCCUCCGAUACCUGAGGCUAAACAACAACAGCUUGUCCGGGGCGUUCCCGUCGUCGCUGGCCAAGAUCCCACAGCUCUCCUUCCUGGACUUGUCCUACAACAACCUCACUGGCCCUGUUCCUCGUUUCCCCACAAGAACCUUCAACGUCGUGGGCAAUCCAAUGAUAUGCGGCAGCGGCAGCGGCAGCCAUGCGGGUGCGGGGGAGUGCGCCACCGUGGUCGCCCCGGUCACCGUGCCAUUCCCGCUGGACUCCACUCCGAGCAGCAGCAGCAGCAGCACGGCGGCGGCCGGGAGGUCAAAGGGUGGCGCCGCGCGGUUGCCGAUCGGAGUAGGGACAAGCCUCGGCGCCUCCGCUCUCGUGCUCCUCGCCGUGUCCUGUUUCCUGUGGAGGCGCAGGCGGCGGCACCGGCACUCCUCCGUCCUCGGCGGCAUCCUCGGUGAGAAGGUGGGGCGAGACGUGGAGGACGGCGGCGGCGGCGAGGCGGCGGCGGUGGCGAGGCUGGGGAACGUGCGGCGGUUCGGGCUGAGGGAGCUGCAGGCGGCGACGGACGGGUUCAGCGCGAGGAACAUCCUCGGGAAGGGAGGGUUCGGGGACGUGUACCGGGGGCGGCUGGCGGACGGCACGGUGGUGGCCGUGAAGCGGCUCAAGGACCCGAGCGCGUCCGGGGAGGCGCAGUUCCGGACGGAGGUGGAGAUGAUCAGCCUCGCCGUGCACCGCCACCUCCUCCGCCUCGUCGGCUUCUGCGCCGCCGCCUCCGGCGAGCGCCUCCUCGUCUACCCCUUCAUGCCCAACGGCAGCGUCGCCUCCCGCCUCCGAGGGAAGCCGCCGCUGGACUGGCAGACGAGGAAGCGGAUCGCGGUGGGGACGGCGCGGGGCCUGCUGUACCUGCACGAGCAGUGCGACCCCAAGAUCAUCCACCGCGACGUGAAGGCCGCCAACGUGCUGCUGGACGAGUGCCUCGAGGCCGUCGUCGGCGACUUCGGCCUCGCCAAGCUGCUCGACCACGGCGACUCGCACGUCACCACGGCGGUGCGCGGCACCGUCGGCCACAUCGCGCCGGAGUACCUCUCCACGGGGCAGUCGUCGGAGAAGACCGACGUCUUCGGCUUCGGCAUCCUGCUGCUCGAGCUCGUCACCGGCCAGCGCGCGCUCGAGGUCGGCAAGGCCUCCGGCGCCAUCCAGCACCAGAAGGGCGUCAUGCUUGAUUGGGUGAGGAAGGUGCACCAAGAGAAGAUGCAUGACUUGCUAGUGGACCAAGAUUUGGGACCUCACUACGACAGGAUAGAGGUGGCGGAGAUGGUGCAGGUGGCGCUGCUGUGCACACUGUUCCAGCCGUCGCACCGGCCGAGGAUGUCAGAGGUGGUCCGGAUGCUGGAGGGCGACGGGCUCGCCGAGAAGUGGGAGGCCAGCCACCGGCCGCCGGCGACGGCGGCGGCGCCCCAUGAGCUCGGCUACGACCACCGCAACGACUCCAACGGCUCCGUCUUCUUCAACGACUUCCACGACAACGACAGCAGCCUUAGCAGCGACGAGGUGCGGUCCAUCGACAUGGUGGAGGAGAUGGAGCUGUCAGGGCCAAGGUAGCAGCUAGCGUGCAGCAGAGCCAUAUGCAUCCACAGCACUGAAAAGAAAGAAAGAAAAAAAAACUUCAGAGAAUCAGAUAUUCAGGGAGAGAAAAAAGAUACAGUAUUACAAAGGGAAGGGAUGAUUGGAUUUGUUGCUAGCCUACUAGGAGUAGUUUCAAAGUGAGAUGCUCUUUAGUUUAGACCACAGUGUGUAGUUUUCUUGUCUGAUCAAAGAGAUAGGCCCUUUCCCCGAGAAAGAUGUAAAGAAAAA